AUGGUCAGAGAGACCAGCGUAAAGAGCAGCAUCAACAUCUCUCUAAAUGACGACGUGCAGCUUCACAAGGCUGAGAGACCCUGGAAGCCGGCAAUAAAAACGAACUGCACUGCGACUAAAACUCAGGAGCUGUUUCAGAAAGUGUGCAGCAUCCUGAACAAAAUGACACCAGAGAAGUUUCAGCAGCUGAUGAAACAACUCACCAAGCUCCCCAUCAACACAGAGGAGCGUCUCAAAGGUGUCAUCGAGCUCAUCUUUAAAAAAGCAGUUGCUGAGCCCAGCUUCUCCAACGUAUACGCCAAAAUGUGCAGAGGCCUGAUGGAACUCAAAGUGCCCACAUCAGAGGAUUCAGGAUCCACACUGGACUUCAUGAAACUGCUGGUCAGUCACUGUCAGGAGGAGUUCGAGAAGGAUGAAAAGGAUAACAGUCUCCUCCAGAAGAAGCUGACAGAGCUGGAUGCAGCUAAAGAGGAGAACGAGCAGCAGUUAUUAAAAGAAGAGCUGGAGGAGAUAAAGAUCAAAGCCCGCCUCUGUUCCCUCGGAAACAUCAAAUUUAUGGGGGGACUUUACAAGCAGAAGAUGCUCACAGACCAGUUCAUCCACGAAUGCAUCACGAAGCUGCUGGAGAACAACAAUAACAAUGAGGAGAAUUUAGAGUCCCUCUGUAAACUGUUGUCAACUGCUGGAAAGGACCUGGACCUGGGCAAUGGAAAGCAUCUUCUGGACUACUACGUCGAUCAGUUGGAAACAGUUAUUAAGGGUAGAAGAACCUCUUCCCGGAUCCGUUUUAUGAUCCAGGAUGUUUUAGACCUCAGAAAGAACAACUGUAUUCCCAGGAGGGGCGAUCAGGGCCCGAAAACGAUCGAGGAGGUGCAUAAAGAAGCAGGAUUAGAGGAGAACAUGGAGCAGCUUAAAGUCCAGCAAAAGCUGCUUUCAAAAGAAGAAUCAGGUCUACGAAGGAAAGGACAGGCUGAGAAUAAAAGCUGGAACUCAAAGCCUUUCUACACCAAAAAACCACCCAAUGAUAGAUCUCAUCAAGGCAAAAUCCCCAAACCUUGUGGCUUUAACAAUGUGGUUGUGACCUCUGGACAAAGGGAUCUUCAGAGAAGUUGGACCAACACCAGUAGAUCUGAAGACGUAAGGUCACACACCCACUUCAGUGUGCAGAGAAAGAACCAGUCAGUAGUGAAGCUUAAAUCGACUCAAGCACCACCCACUCCUGCCAAAGCCACACUGAGUAAAGAGCAGCUGGAGAAGAAAUCAGCAGCUAUUAUUGAGGAAUAUCUGCACAUUAAUGACCUGAAGGAGGCGCUGCAGUGUGUGGAGGAGAUGAACAGCGCGUCGCUGCUCUUCAUGUUUGUACGGAUUGGUGUAGAGAUGACACUUGAGCGCAGCGCCAUUGAGCGAGAACGUCUGGGUCGUCUGAUGUACCAACUAAUCAGAGAUCGGAUUUUACCUGCUGAGCAGUAUUUCAAAGGGUUCCAGGAAAUUUUGGAGGUAGCUGAGGACAUUGCGGUUGAUAUUCCUCAUAUUUGGCUGUACCUUGCAGAAAUAAUCACACCAAUGCUGCAAGACGAGGGAGUUCCAAUGGCUCAGCUCUUCAGAGAACUGGCUAAGCCACUGCUGACUAUGAAGAAAGCUGCUACGCUGCUGGUGCAGAUCAUCAAGCAGCUGAGUAAGAAAAUGAGCUGUAAACAAGCCCGACGAUCGUGGGAUGAAGCAGGACUCAGCUGGAAGGACUUUAUUCCUGAGGGUGAAAAUGUGAACAAUUUUGUGAUGGAACAGCUGCCCCCAGAAUGGACCACCAUGUAACACCAACUGGAACCAGACAAUGAAAAAGCAAUAAAUAAAAUAAACUGCUCAGAUUUCUUAUGCACAGACAUGA